CUGAACUCCUAGCUUGUUACCAAAUUCUGCAUUAAAAAAAUUUAUAGGAUUGCCUCAUCUACUAUUUCACACACCUCCACAAAUAGUAAUCAAUCCCUUGCAUUCACUGCAGUAGUCAUCAAUCUGUUACAUUCACGCAUUCAUGAAACUUGGAUCAUAGGAUUAAGAUUUGUCUACUCAUAUUUUUCAUUAAAAUCAGACAGUAUAUAUAUCUUACGGUUUAAGGUGUCUGAUCAAGAUCGAAUGACUCAAUACAUUAACUGCGUGAAUUUAGGACCUGGAAUGAAGGCAAUCCAAAUUGCAUAAAUUCCAAGUUAUUGGUGCUGAAUUGAAGACAUGGGUUUGAGUUCUAAGCAGGUUUGUAGCAGUGGACUUGAUUGGAAUCAGACACUAUUGGAAGCUCAAGACUUGGAGCUCCCAAAGCCAAAACAACAACAACAACAACAAAAUCAGCAACCAGAGUCUUUGAAGUGCCCAAGAUGUAACUCGUCAAACACCAAAUUUUGCUACUACAACAACUACAACAAGUUACAGCCUCGCCAUUUCUGCAGAGCUUGCAAGAGGCACUGGACUAAAGGUGGAACUCUGCGCAAUGUUCCUGUUGGUGGGGGAAGGAAGAACAAGAGAGUCAGAAAACCAACCACCACCACAACCACCACAGCCACCACCACCUCUACUAAUUGCACCACCCCUGUCACCCCCAACAUGGCAAUUCAAGCUCUGAUUCGUCCACCAUCUAUGUUUCUACAACAGAAUCUGUUGAUGAACAUCAGAGACUCAGAAAGCAAGGAUUUUGGUAUUAGUAGUGGUAAUGGCAUGUUUCUGAGUUCAACUAAUUUGCAUCUUCCUCCUCAAAACCAGAGCUUUCUCUUCCCUUUUUCAAGCUCAAGCUCUUUUGACACAAACCCUUGUUCAUCUUCCAAUGUUAAUUAUAACUAUGGGGAAGAGUUUAAGACAAUUCAUGAUGAAUCAACUAUCAACAGUACUGUAAUGCCUAGCACACAGCCAUGGGAGAUAGCAGCAAAAAGUGGUGGCAUGGAAACUUCAACCUAUUGGAACUGGGAGGACAUUGAUUCCUUGGUCUCAACUGAUCUGAAAGAUCCAUGGAAUGAUUCUGAUAUCAAACCCUGAGACCAGAAAACAGAAAAACAAGAGUAACAUGUGGUAGUGUUCAUAGAUUUUAGCUAUUUAAUUUAAUUGGGGGUGUUUUGUGUUUUACACUUACAGAUUAGUAUUUAGUAAAUGUUCUUGUUUCAAGAUGGAGCAUAUUUUGUGCUGGUCUUUCUGCAAAGAGCAGUAUUUGGAUUGGAGCUGUUAUGUUUUAGUUUUGGUUUCAGCUUCAAGCAAGGGGUCCCAAUUAGUUGUAACCCACUCAGUUUGCCUGUUUGACAUUUCUCUAUCAUUUCAUCUAAUCUCUAAUAAAAUGGUAUAUUAGUGUA